UGGAUCUAUAUUAAACAUCGGCGUCGUUUACGGGACGGUGAAGCGAAUGAACAAGUCGUGUUUUACUUCGUUUACCAUCAGAUAGCGAGACCUCCAAUACGGACGGGUCGUGUUUUAAAGAUAUAUCAGCAUCCGGGAUCCGUUGGCCGUCAGCUGAUCACGGCCAGGAUGCCAGACAGACAGUACUCUGAGCUACUCUGCUGGCUGAGAAGAAUCUGAAGUAGUUUAUCUAAAUGAAAAUGGCCACUAAUCCUCCCAAAUUCAAAGUCCCGCUCGUUGAUGAUGAAAGGCUGCAAAACUUGAAAAAUGCUUUUGAGAGACAUUAUGGAGAGACUCCGCUCUUCUAUGCAUGUGCGCCUGGGAGAGUCAAUCUAAUAGGAGAGCACAUUGAUUACUGUGGUUUCUCUGUUUUGCCAAUGGCUAUUGAACAGAAUAUCUUUGCUGCAGUCUCAGUGAAUAAUUUGGGAACAAUCCAGCUGGCCAAUAUAAAUCCUCUGUACAACAAUAUCACUGUGUCUUGUUCAGAGGAAAUCGUUAUUGACAGAACUAACCCGAAGUGGUAUUAUUAUUUCCUGUGUGGUGUUAAGGGCAUUCAGGAGAAGUUUGGGAUCACACGUUUACCAGGAAUGUCGUGUGUCAUCGACGGCAAUGUUCCACCGAGCUCUGGUCUGUCCAGUUCUAGUGCCCUUGUUUGUUGUGCUGGGCUCGUAACAAUGGAGGCAAAUCAGAAGUCCCUCUCCAAACUAGCUCUUGCAGAGAUAUGUGCAAAAUGUGAGCGAUACAUUGGUACAGAGGGAGGAGGCAUGGACCAGUCCAUCUCAUUCCUGGCAGAGAAAGGAACUGCAAAACUGAUAGAGUUUGAGCCGUUAAGGGCGAUUGAUGUCCAGCUCCCAGCCGGUGCUGUUUUUGUGAUUUCCAACUGCUGUUUGGAGAUGAAUAAAGCGGCAUCUUCUCACUUUAACAUUCGUGUGGUAGAGUGUCGGAUCGCCACAAAGAUGCUGGGCCAAGCCAAAGGGUUGAACCAAAAGGGGUUGCUAAAGCUGGCACAGGUGCAGACGGAGUUGAAAGCAUCUCUGGAGGAGAUGCUGCUUCUUGUGGAUGAGGUUCUACAUCCCGAGCCGUACAGCCGAGAGGAGAUCUGUAAAGCUCUCGACAUCACAUCGCAGCAGUUCUCCACAGAGCUACUCAGUGCAAAUACUCAACAUGUAACACAUUUCAAGCUGUACCAGCGAGCCAAACAUGUCUACGGCGAGGCUUCACGUGUGUUGCGCUUUAAGGAUGUGUGUGAUUGUGAGGCUGAAGAGUCCAUCCAGCUACUGGGUGACCUGAUGAACCAGAGCCACGCAAGCUGCAGAGAUCUGUAUGAGUGCAGCUGCCCUGAACUAGACCAACUAGUGGAUAUUUGUCUGAAAUCAGGCGCUGUGGGGUCCCGGUUGACAGGAGCAGGCUGGGGCGGCUGCGCUGUGUCUAUGGUUCCCAGUGACAAAGUUCAGUCCUUCGUGCAAGCAGUGAGGGAAGCUUACUACCUCCCUGAUCCUCGUAGAGCAGCAAUGGAAAAACAAAGUUUGUUUGUCUCAAAGCCUGGAGGAGGAGCUGCAAUUUACGUAGAGAAUUGAAAUGUACUGUCACAGCUGUAACUCUAUCUAAAAUAUAUCUAUAUUCAAUUGGACCAAAGUUGAAUGGAAACAUUAAUACUAGGUGACAUAAAAAUGGGACCUUUUAACAAUCCAAUCAAACCAAGAGUGAUAGGAGAAAGAGAUUUUAUUCAUAGUAAUUGAAAACCAUAAAACAUGCCAUUUUAGAAACAGUUAUGGAAUUUUUUUUGUUUUUAAUUGUGUCCUUUAACUGGCGUCCUCCUGUACGAAUGCAUUGUUGAAAUCUGUUGAGAUUCCUCAUUGACCGCUGCAACAUCUAAGCUGGGAUACUGUAAUUUUCAUCCUGCAUUUACCAUGGUUACUAAAAGGCAGAGUGUUUACUUGCUCAAGGUGACUGUCUCGCACUGCCGCUCCUUGCUCAUGUCUGCCAAUACGCUCUUCAAAUAUUCCCUUUUUUAAAAAUCUGAAUUUAUACUGGAAAACAAAGGGAGUCUUUUUUUUUACUUGUAUUUUUACAAUAACUUUUCAUAAAUUUAUCCAACUCAUGCGUGGUGAGAAAAAAAUUAAGCCAUUUUUAUAUAAACUAAUGGCUUGAUUUAGGGUUGGAUUGAGUGAAAAAGUGCAUUUUCUUUUUAAAUACAUUUCAUUUUUAGAUAGAAAAAAAUCAAAUGAAUGGAAAUGAAGUAAAAUGAACAGGUCAAUGCAGAAAACACAUAUCUAUAUUUUUGUAAAAUUCUGGUUUGCCAUGGAGUCAAUUGGUUAGCUCAGUAUUACAUGAAAAAAAAAUCUGGGAUUAGAUAUGUUGGGUUAUCACAGCCUUUAAUUGCUGAACUAACUAAAAUGAUUGGUUUCAAAGCAAUGUUUUCAUGAGAAUAAAGCUUCAUUUUGAAAAGUGUGCCUCAUUUUUAUUAUUUUCAGGAAAUGUUUUUUUCCUAUUACUUAUGCAUUCAGUUGUUUACCAUUAAGAGUUAUUACGGUAUACUGUACUGUACAGAAUUAUGAGCUCAAAAGCAGAUUGGAAAUGAGUUUGUUCUAUUUAAAAAUGAUUUGAUUUACAUGAUGUCCGCUGGGAGGUGGUGUUAUCAAGUAUAAAUGUAUGGUUAUACACUAACUUCAUUUUGCGUGAAGAA